ACUCCCUCUCUGUAUCGCACCUAAAUGUGAGCCAUCCCUAAUCAUUUCUGACCCUUCCCUUUCCCUUUAAACUCUGUCUGUCCCUUCAUACACUGUGUUGAUAACUAAGAAAGUGCAAAAAUGCAUCUCAAAUUGAUGGGAAGAGCCUCUGUUGCUGUUCUUCUCUUAUCUCUUCUUGCUAUUUCUCACUUUUCUGUGGCCGAAGAUCCCUACAGAUUCUUCAACUGGAAUGUCACUUAUGGCGACAUUUUUCCUCUUGGUGUUCGCCAAAGGGGAAUCUUAAUCAACGGACAAUUCCCAGGUCCAGAUAUUCAUUCUGUUACCAACGACAACCUCAUCAUCAAUGUCUUCAACAGUUUGGAUGAACCUUUUCUUCUUUCCUGGAACGGGAUUCAGCAGAGAAGAAACUCGUUCGAAGAUGGUGUUUUUGGAACAACAUGUCCGAUUCCACCAGGGAAGAAUUUCACUUACAUUCUUCAAGUGAAGGAUCAAAUUGGAAGUUUUUAUUACUUUCCAUCUCUUGCGUUUCACAAAGCUGCCGGUGGUUUUGGUGGCAUUAGGAUUCUGAGCAGACCAAGGAUUCCGGUGCCAUUUCCCGAUCCCGCCGGCGAUUACACUGUUCUCAUUGGAGAUUGGUUCAAGUCCAACCACACGACUCUGAAAGCUCAUCUUGAUAACGGCAAGAAGCUUCCUUUCCCCGAUGGAAUACUUAUCAAUGGUCGUGGACCUAAUGGGGUGACUUUCAACGUUGAACAAGGAAAAACUUACAGACUCAGAAUAUCAAAUGUGGGGCUGCAACACUCCCUUAACUUUCGCAUUCAGAAUCACAAAAUGAAGCUGGUGGAAGUGGAAGGAACGCACACUGUACAAACUACGUACUCCUCUCUUGAUGUUCAUGUGGGACAAUCUUAUUCAGUGUUGGUAACUGCAGAUCAACCUGCUCAAGACUAUUACAUUGUGGCUUCCUCACGAUUCUCCUCCAAGGUUCUCACCACCACUGCAGUUCUUCGCUAUAGCAACUCUGCAGGCCCAGUAUCAGGCCCACCCCCUGGUGGACCUACGAUCCAGAUUGAUUGGUCCUUGAAUCAGGCCCGCUCAAUCAGGACAAACCUUACAGCAAGUGGACCAAGACCGAACCCGCAAGGAUCGUAUCAUUACGGUCUGAUAAACACGAGCAGGACCAUCGUACUAGCGAGUUCUGCUGGUCAAGUGAACGGGAAACAAAGAUACGCACUGAACAGCGUGUCUUAUGUUGCCCCAGACACCCCUCUCAAGCUCGCAGAUUACUUCAAAAUCUCUGGCGUUUUCCGCCCCGGAAGCAUAUCUGACAGACCCACUGGUGGUGGCAUCUACCUUGACACAUCCGUUUUACAAACUGACUUCAGAGCUUUUGUGGAAAUUGUCUUCCAAAACAACGAGAACAUCGUUCAAAGCUAUCAUCUCGAUGGCUACUCUUUCUUUGUCGUUGGCAUGGAUGGGGGACAGUGGACACCUGCUAGCAGGAACCAGUACAAUCUCCACGAUGCGGUUUCACGUUGUACAACACAGGUAUAUCCAAUGUCAUGGACUGCUAUUUAUGUUGCCCUUGACAACGUGGGAAUGUGGAAUUUGAGGUCUGAGUUUUGGGCACGACAAUACCUUGGGCAACAGUUAUAUGUGCGCGUUUAUACAUCGUCAACCUCAAUCAGAGACGAGUUUCCUGUUCCAAAGAAUGCAAUUCUUUGUGGCAGGGCGAGUGGUAGACACACGCGACCACUCUGAAGGGUCCAACCUGGUAGAAGAUGCAUUCUAGUUUUAGAAUAUAAAGAGUAGUUAUUUAUGCUAUGCUCAAGUGACAUGAUGAAUAUGAAUGAUUUUACUCCUAAAUGACCCCAGCUCGAGGUCACAUUAAUUCUUUUCCAGAGAGAUAGAGAGAGAAAUAUGUGUUAUCUCGGAUUUUACUUGUGUUAUUGUUCUUGAGGCGAAUCUGAUUGCAGAAAGUCUGCUUUUAUUACAACUUGGCUUGGCAGGUUCUAUCAUUCA